AACCAGGCAACCAACCUACAGUGGAGCAGCUCAUUGUGCAGAGAUGGCCAUGGUAUGCCUCACAGACUUUGAGGAGUACGCAAAGGAACAUCUUUCAAAGGCCAUCUGGGAUUAUUAUGCAGCUGGAGCGGACGAAUGCUGCACCAGAGAUGACAAUCUGCUGGCUUACAAAAGGAUCCGUUUGAGGCCUCGUGUUUUGCGGGACGUAUUAGUCAGUGACACAUGCACCACAGUGCAGGGAACAGAAAUGAGCUUUCCCGUUGGUAUUGCACCUACAGCCUUCCACUGCCUGGCCUGGCAGGAAGGAGAGAUAGCCACAGCUCGCGCCACCGAGGCCCUCAACACCUGCUACAUCACCAGCACGUACUCCACCUGCUCUGUGGAGGAGAUCGCUGCAGCAGCGCCCAACGGUUACCGCUGGUUCCAGCUCUAUGUGUACCGGGACAGGAAGCUGUCUGAGCAGCUCGUGCAUCGGGUGGAAGCACUCGGUUACAAGGCCCUGGUCUUCACAGUCGAUGUCCCAUACACUGGAAAGCGCCGCAACGACAUUCGCAACCAGUUCAGGCUACCACCGCACCUCAAGGUCAAGAACUUUGAGGGAGUGUUCCAAGAGACGAGUGUCCCAGAGGAGUAUGGGAUCCCGGCCAACACCUUGGACCCCUCUAUCAGCUGGAAGGACAUCUACUGGCUACAGUCUAUCACUCGCCUUCCCAUCAUUGUCAAGGGCAUCCUGACCAAGGAGGAUGCUGAGCUGGCCGUGGAGCACGGUGUCCAGGGUAUAAUUGUGUCCAACCAUGGGGGGAGACAGCUGGACGGCGGCCCGGCAUCAAUUGAUGCUCUGGUAGAGAUUGUGGACGUGGUGGCAGGCAGAAUUGAGAUUUAUGUAGAUGGAGGAAUCAGGACAGGAAGUGAUGUCCUAAAAGCACUGGCCUUGGGAGCCAAGUGUGUGUUCAUUGGCCGUCCAGCAGUGUGGGGCCUUGCAUACAAGGGGGAGGAAGGAGUAAGGGAAGUUCUUCAGAUCCUGAAUGAUGAGUUCCGUCUUUCCAUGGCUUUAGCAGGUUGCAGAAAUGUAGCUGAAAUCAACAGGAACCUGGUUCAGUUUUCCAAACUUUGACAUGGCAGCACAGGGCGGUCUACAAGAUGAUGAUGGCACCAAUUUAGAAGGAUUCUGGCCUGAAUUAAACUAAGCCUGAGAUGUAAUGAUGAAAACAUCAAGCCUGGUUGACCUCGGAACACAUUUCUUCCAGGAAAUCACAGGACAUGGAAACUGCCCUAAUAUUUUAUUCACAGCUUUUGCCUGACAUCAGACUUGUAAUGUUCCCUCAUUGUAUGAGUGACAGAAUGUUGUGAGAAAGAGAGUUAGUGGAAGAUUAAGAAAUCAAUUAAUAAAAGUGUUUUUGCUUUGGUAACAGAA